AUGCCCCUCACCGUCCUGCUGCUGCUCUGGGGGCCCCUGGCCCUGAUGGAGACCCGGGCGGGCUCCCACUCCCUGAGGCUUUUCUACACCGCGAUGUCCCGGCCCGGCCUCGGGGAGCCCCGCUACAUCGCCGUGGGCUACGUGGACGACACGCAGUUCGGGCGGUUCGACAGCGACUCUCCCGGCCAGAGCGCGGAGCCGCGGGCGCCCUGGGCGGGGCAGGUGGGGCAGGAGGACCUGGACGAGGAGACUCAGAACCAAAGGGACAACGCGCAGUGGUUCAAAGCGCUCCUGAGGGACCUGCGCGGCCGCUACAACCAGAGCGAGGACGGUGAGCUUCGCGGAGCGGGGCCAGGGUCAGGUCACCCCCAUUCCCACCAUCAUGCCCGGGUGUCCCGGGUCUCAGGGUCCACUGACCCCUCGAGGCGGGUGGAUCUGCCAGGCCCCUAUACUGGGAAGUGCCCUGCGGAUGUUCCUGCCUGCAUUUCAUUUUCGGUUUAG